GGGGCCGUUGCCGCAGUGACAGUGCUGGGGGAGUCCGAAGAUGGCGGCGUCGCGUCGCUCUCAGCAUCAUCACCACCAUCAUCAACAACAGCUCCAGCCCGCCCCAGGGGCUUCGGCGCCGCCGCCGCCACCUCCUCCCCCACUCAGUCCUGGCCUGGCCCCGGGGACCACCCCAGCUUCCCCCACAGCCGGUGGCUUGGCCCCCUUCGCCUCCCCGCGGCACGGCCUAGCGCUGCCGGAGGGGGAUGGCAGUCGGGAUCCGCCCGAUAGGCCCCAAUCCCCGGACCCCGUUGACAGUACCAGCUGCUGCAGUACCACCAGCACAAUCUGUACCGUCGCCGCCGCUCCCGUGGUCCCGGCGGUUUCUGCUUCAUCUGCCGUCGGGGUCGCUUCUAACUCAGUGGGUGGUGGCAGUAAUAAUCCACCGUCGUCCUCUUCUUCCCCUACUUCUUCCUCAUCUUCCUCUCCAUCCUCUGGUUCGAGCUUGGCGGAGAGCCCCGAGGCGGCCGGAGUUAGCACCUCAGCAACAUUGGGGCCUGGGUCAGCGGGACCAGGGUCGGGGGUCCCAGCAGUGAGCGGGGCCCUACGUGAACUGCUGGAGGCCUGUCGCAAUGGGGACGUGUCCCGGGUAAAGAGGCUGGUGGACGCGGCAAAUGUGAAUGCUAAGGACAUGGCCGGCCGGAAGUCUUCUCCCCUUCACUUCGCUGCAGGUUUUGGAAGGAAGGAUGUUGUCGAACAUUUACUACAGAUGGGUGCUAAUGUUCAUGCCCGAGAUGAUGGAGGUCUCAUACCGCUUCAUAAUGCCUGUUCUUUUGGCCAUGCUGAGGUUGUGAGCCUGUUGCUGUGUCAAGGAGCUGAUCCAAAUGCCAGGGAUAACUGGAACUAUACCCCUCUGCAUGAAGCUGCUAUUAAAGGGAAAAUCGAUGUAUGUAUUGUGCUGCUGCAGCACGGAGCUGAUCCAAACAUUCGGAACACUGAUGGGAAAUCAGCCCUAGACCUGGCAGAUCCUUCAGCAAAAGCUGUCCUUACAGGUGAAUACAAGAAAGACGAACUCCUAGAAGCUGCUAGGAGUGGUAAUGAAGAAAAACUAAUGGCUUUACUGACUCCUCUAAAUGUGAAUUGCCAUGCAAGUGAUGGGCGAAAAUCUACUCCUUUACACCUAGCAGCAGGCUACAACAGAGUUCGAAUAGUUCAACUUCUUCUUCAGCAUGGUGCUGAUGUUCAUGCAAAAGACAAAGGUGGACUUGUGCCUCUUCAUAAUGCAUGUUCAUAUGGACAUUAUGAGGUGACAGAACUGCUACUGAAGCAUGGAGCUUGCGUUAAUGCUAUGGAUCUCUGGCAGUUUACUCCACUACAUGAGGCUGCUUCCAAGAAUCGUGUAGAAGUCUGCUCUUUGUUACUUAGCCAUGGCGCUGAUCCUACGUUAGUUAAUUGUCACGGCAAAAGUGCUGUGGAUAUGGCUCCAACACCUGAGCUCCGAGAGAGAUUGACUUAUGAAUUUAAAGGUCAUUCUUUAUUACAAGCAGCCAGAGAAGCAGACCUAGCCAAAGUUAAGAAAACACUUGCUUUGGAAAUCAUUAAUUUCAAACAACCUCAGUCUCAUGAAACAGCACUGCACUGUGCUGUGGCCUCUCUACAUCCCAAAAGAAAACAAGUGACAGAAUUGUUACUUAGAAAAGGAGCAAAUGUUAAUGAAAAAAAUAAAGAUUUCAUGACUCCUCUGCAUGUUGCAGCAGAAAGAGCUCAUAAUGAUGUCAUGGAAGUUCUGCAUAAGCAUGGAGCAAAGAUGAAUGCACUAGACACCCUUGGUCAGACUGCUUUGCAUAGAGCUGCCUUAGCAGGUCACCUGCAGACCUGCCGCCUCCUGCUGAGUUAUGGCUCUGAUCCCUCCAUCAUCUCCUUACAAGGCUUUACAGCAGCACAGAUGGGAAAUGAAGCAGUGCAGCAGAUUCUGAGCGAAAGUACACCUAUCCGUACUUCUGAUGUUGACUAUCGACUCUUAGAAGCAUCUAAAGCUGGAGACUUGGAAACUGUGAAGCAACUUUGCAGCCCUCAAAAUGUGAAUUGCAGAGAUUUAGAGGGCCGACAUUCUACACCCUUACACUUUGCAGCGGGCUAUAAUCGUGUAUCUGUUGUGGAGUACCUUCUACACCAUGGUGCCGAUGUCCAUGCCAAAGACAAAGGUGGCUUGGUGCCCCUUCAUAAUGCCUGUUCAUAUGGACACUAUGAGGUAGCUGAACUUUUAGUACGGCAUGGUGCUUCUGUCAAUGUGGCGGACUUAUGGAAAUUUACACCUCUACAUGAAGCAGCAGCUAAAGGAAAAUAUGAAAUCUGCAAACUUCUUUUAAAACAUGGAGCAGAUCCAACUAAAAAGAACAGAGAUGGAAAUACACCUUUAGAUUUGGUAAAAGAAGGAGACACAGAUAUCCAGGAUUUAUUGAGAGGGGAUGCUGCCUUGUUGGAUGCUGCCAAGAAGGGCUGCCUGGCAAGAGUGCAGAAGCUCUGUACCCCAGAGAAUAUCAACUGCAGAGAUACCCAGGGCAGAAACUCAACCCCUCUGCACCUGGCAGCAGGCUACAAUAACCUGGAAGUAGCUGAAUAUCUUCUAGAGCAUGGAGCAGAUGUUAAUGCCCAAGACAAAGGUGGUUUAAUUCCUCUUCAUAAUGCAGCAUCCUAUGGGCAUGUGGACAUAGCAGCAUUAUUGAUAAAAUACAACACAUGUGUAAAUGCAACAGAUAAGUGGGCAUUUACUCCUCUUCAUGAAGCAGCCCAAAAAGGAAGGACACAGUUGUGUGCCCUACUCCUAGCACAUGGUGCAGAUCCAACUAUGAAGAACCAAGAAGGUCAGACACCUUUAGAUCUCGCAACAGCAGAUGAUAUCAGAGCCUUGCUGAUAGAUGCCAUGCCCCCAGAGGCCCUGCCAACCUGUUUUAAACCUCAGGCUACUGUAGUGAGUGCCUCUCUGAUCUCACCAGCAUCCACCCCCUCCUGCCUCUCUGCGGCUAGCAGCAUAGAUAACCUUACUGGUCCUUUAGCAGAAUUAGCAGUAGGAGGAGCAUCCAAUACAGGGGAUGGUGCAGCGGGUACAGAAAGGAAGGAAGGAGAAGUUGGGGGUCUUGACAUGAAUAUCAGCCAAUUCCUAAAAAGCCUUGGCCUUGAACAUCUUCGGGAUAUCUUUGAAACAGAACAGAUUACAUUAGAUGUACUGGCUGAUAUGGGCCAUGAAGAGUUGAAAGAAAUUGGCAUCAAUGCAUAUGGACACCGCCACAAAUUAAUUAAAGGAGUAGAAAGACUUUUAGGUGGACAACAAGGCACCAAUCCUUACUUGACUUUUCACUGUGUUAAUCAGGGAACCAUUUUGCUGGAUCUUGCUCCAGAAGAUAAGGAAUAUCAGUCAGUAGAAGAAGAGAUGCAGAGUACAAUUCGAGAACACAGAGACGGUGGUAAUGCUGGAGGCAUCUUCAACAGAUACAAUGUCAUUCGGAUUCAAAAAGUUGUCAACAAGAAGUUGAGGGAGCGAUUUUGUCACAGACAAAAGGAAGUGUCAGAGGAAAAUCAUAACCAUCACAAUGAGCGUAUGUUAUUUCACGGUUCUCCUUUCAUUAAUGCCAUUAUUCACAAGGGGUUUGAUGAGCGACAUGCAUACAUAGGAGGAAUGUUUGGAGCCGGGAUUUAUUUUGCUGAAAACUCCUCUAAAAGCAACCAGUAUGUUUAUGGAAUUGGAGGAGGAACGGGCUGCCCCACACACAAAGACAGGUCAUGUUAUAUAUGUCACAGGCAAAUGCUUUUCUGUAGAGUUACCCUUGGAAAAUCCUUUCUGCAAUUCAGCACCAUGAAAAUGGCCCAUGCCCCUCCAGGACAUCACUCAGUUAUUGGUAGACCGAGUGUGAAUGGGUUGGCCUAUGCUGAAUAUGUCAUCUACAGAGGAGAACAGGCAUACCCAGAGUAUCUUAUCACAUACCAGAUCAUGAAGCCAGAAGCUCCCUCACAGACCGCAACAGCAGCCGAGCAGAAGACCUAGUGAAUGCCCACUGGUAAAGGCCCAACUGGAUUUAAACUUGGGACUGGAUUACAUUUGUUUCCAACAAAAAAAUUAAUAUUCUCUAAAUCCCUGACAGCCUAGAAAUAAGCUGUUGUUCUUUUAUAAAGCAUUGCUAUAGUGAUGAACAUAGUAUGAGUAACUGAUACAUACUCAACUGCUACUGUUCCCAUUGAGGAAAUGUUUACAGGGGCGGCUUUUUAACAUAUCUCAGGCUCAUUUUCACACAGUUAUUCAUUUCUAAAUAUUGCUUUGAUCUAGACUUGGAAAUUGAAAAAAAGAAAACAUAACCAGUAGUACCAUUCAAACGGUCAAAAUUCACACACUGCGUUUGUUGUAUUUGUUAAAUAUAUAACAAAUAUACACAUAUGACAGGCCAUUUUUCAUUUUUUCCAAACCGUGCAUCACUGGCUGUUUUUUUUGGUUAGUUUGAAAAUGAGCCAGAGCCUUCUUGAGGAUAUUUUGCACAAAGUCACACCUACUAUUAGCAGUGCAACCCAGGCUUUUGACUGAGCAAGAUUUAGUUUUGUUUUUUUGUUUUUGUUUUUGUUUUUGUUUUUUUAACUUUGAUUUGUUUUGUUUUAUAUUUGUUUCUUGUAAACAUAAUUUUUAAGUUCUAGUUUCCUUUUAUUAAUUGGCCAGUCUUAUAAGGGAAGGAAACAAACAUCAACCUGAUCAAGGCGCUCCUGAGUUCAGAGAAGUCAAAGCCCAUGUGGACCACUUGGUCUUUCCAAUGGAAGCCUGCUUCAGAGAGGCAUGUUGGACGGUGCUGGAGAUAAAGGAAAAGCACAGUCAGUGCUAUUGUGACCUUCAGUGGUGAAACAACUAGGGAGGGCUGUGAAGAAGCAGCAGCAUUAAGGAAUGAGAGGAACAUGGUGGUUUUAUAACAUGGUAGCAGGAAAGGAUCAAGAGGACUCAUCCAAGAAUAAAUACUUCCCUCUGCUGAAUCCAUAGCACCAGAAUUGUCGCCCCCUCCCAAAUUAGCUGCCUUAUUUCCAAAUUCAAUAGAAUUACUCUACUUUAUUAGAGUCGCAACAUUAUUACUUUUAUUGUUUCUUCAGUUUAGAGAGCUAGGAUUUAAAUCCUGCUUAGUGGAUAGGUAGACACAAAUGCAAGAGGUUUUUUUUUGUUUUGUUUUGUUUUAUUACAGAGUUUGGGUUUCUUUUGAGUAAGGUGCUUCAGAGUUUAUCUAAGUCCCCUCACUAAAUUUUUGAACUGUUUCUUCAAAGAUCUUAAUAUAUUUAGACAAGCUGAAGGAAACCUGAAACCAAAGCCCUUUCAGCUAUUUUUUUAGAAUGUGAUCAGAAAAUACCAUGCUGUUUUUUUGUGUGAAAUUACUGCUUUGUUUUGCUUGUUUUAAUCAGUAUUUGCCAAGUGCACAUUGACACUUGUAGAAAAUUACCCAUUGCACUUAUUGUACAUUUGCCCUUUUCACCUAACUAAAUAUUGAAUUGAAUCCAUUAUUUAUUUACUUUGACAUGCUGUGCAUCUACUCAGCUUGAAGCAAAGGUAAUAUAAAGGUGGUAAAAACCUAGGAAAAAUGGUGUGACAAACUUUCCAUUUCAUCUUAAAACCCGGAAGACUAAUUUGUUUUUUUGAUGCAGGCUGAUUGAGCUGUGACCUCAUAUAAUCUCCUGAAGAAAAACAAAAUGGUUAUGUUCAAAAAUUCUAGAAAAAGGCUCCUAAAAUAUACAUUUUGCUUUCCUUUUGGCUUGAAUCCAAUGUUAGAACUGAGCAUCCAGAACUAGUUUGAGUUUUGUAGCAGAAUCUUGCAUGGGUCCUCAAAAUUAAAUCAGGAAUUAGCCUCAGUUGUUGCUUCUAUUGAAGUUUCAGUCACCCAAGCUGGGUGUUUGUGUCUUGGCUUCUUGUUUAAUAGCACUAGAAUUCAACAUGAAGCUUCAAAGUUUGAUAUUCAUUAAGAGGAUUUUUUUCCUCCUUUUCUUCCUUUUUGCCAUGUGUAACAAAAGGGUGAAGAAACUGCAUCAACAGUUUUAGUAGCUGUGAAGGUGUUAAUGACUUUCCUCCCCACUUAGUUAUAGUAUAAAAUGGUCAAAAAACCAUGAUUUUUAGUUAAGUAAAAGGGUUAAAAUGGUGUCGAUAUUUAAAGCUUUGUAGCCUCAUUAAAAAGGUAACCCACUACCUGAUUGUGGUGGUAUGUUGUUUCCAUUGUACUAACUAGAUUAAUGGAUGUGCCAGUUUUAAACUUGGACCUUACACUUGAGAAGUUAUACUAUGGUUCACUACUUACACCGCCAAUGUUACAUAUCUAAUGUUCUGUGUGCCGAGUAAAGGUACUGUGUAAGGAAGACGUUUGCAGUGGUUCUUGUCUUGUAAUGAUUUGAGUCUGUAGUAGUUCUUGGAGGAAUGUGCAUUUGUUGUUCAUCUGCAAAAGGAAAUGGGUUCAUUGAAAUCUCACAGGAACCAAAUACAUUUUUUCAGAACUUUAAGACCAAAGGUCAUCAUUAUUGCACUUAAAAGUUAGCAAAAGAUUGCAUUUGGAGUUCCCACUUAUAGCAGUGUGAAGAACCCUUUGGAAUAUAAAUUGGGCUGAAAUCUAUGUAAUUUCUUAUAAAUGUAGUCUGUAGCAGCAUUAACAAGUUGGGGACUUCCAAUAUGACCUCCCCUGAAAUGGUCCCCCUGUUUCCCAAACUGUAUGGAAGAGAGAAUCUGGACAUCUCCACUAGCUCCUACCCUAGUUCUAAAAGCAAAGGGCUUCUAGACCUGAUGGUUCCCAUUUACCAGCUAUUGGUCAACUGGGUGCUUGACUCAGGCAUAGAUUAAGAGCCCUGGACUGGACACUUUCUCCUUGUACUUUGCCUCCUUCCCUUUUCCCCAGAUUGCUAGUCUGGAAAUAUAAUUAGCUCCAACCAUUACCUUUGGCCUCACUCAUUUUCCUUCUUUCUUCUUCUUGGAUCUUGCAAAAAAAAAAAAAAAAAAGACUGCAUUCUCUUCUGUUUUCAUCUCACAACAGAAACGAGGAUUAGGCAUCAUACACUCUGCUUGGAUUCUGCCGCUUUGUUAACGAAUGACAUCAUGGAACCCAGAAUUUUAAUUCUGUGCAAAAUAAUAGCAGUACAACCGGGUUUCAUAUAUACCUUUUCCUUCUUGGAGUUUGGAAUUUCUAGCUUUCCAAGCAACAUAAAUAGAAUGAAUAAUAUUAGGAUGUUUUCAUGAAAUAGCAUCAUUGGGCUCCUUUGAGCUCAAUGAUAGUGGCUAGACUAAUUUCUCUUUGCUCUUAAAAUAGCUGAGUGCUCUGAAGAACACAGAUUAUGGCAUAUAAAGUAAUAAAUAUUAAUAUUCUAUUAUUAUAGCUAUUAUACAAAACAGUGAAAUGUUUGGUUUAAGCUGGAUGAACAGCAAUAAAAAGCAGUAAGUUGUGUAGAUUUUUCUCAUUUCAGUACUAUUGGACAUUGCUUACCCUCCCUUUUGAAACAUGUUCACUGUCUGGAUUCCCAUGAACACCCUGUCAUCCAUACAUACCUUUACCCAGGAAGUCCAGAUCCCAUCUGUGUGAGAUCUUGAUGAACAGCCCUACUGUGCUUUCUGUUGGGAUGAUCACCUCGCAGAGAGCUAAAGACUUAGUCAUUCAGGGUCCACCCAGAACUGAAGAUAGGGUUUAAGAUAGGGCUUAAUGUGUCAGAAAUCUCCUUCAAGACUGAAGUUAAGUUUUUCUUAUGUGAAAUCAAUGACAGAAAUGAAAAGAAAGUAAUUGUAAAAGUGAUGUGUGGGCUUUCUUUAGACACCACAUGCAUUCUGAAAUUAAUAGACAUUUUUUCCUUAUUAAAAAAAGCCUUAACUAUAGCAGAAACUCCUUAACCUUUUGUAUUCUAAUAAAUAAAAAAUUGUAAUUCCAUUUUUAGGUGUCAGUGAGUUGGGCAUGUCUCUGUGUAUUUCAUACCUGGUCAGCUUAUUUUUAUGAGGCUAUAUUUCAUAAGUAAGGUUUCUUUAUAUACAAUGGCGCUGAUAUAAAAAAAUCUGUCCCAAUUUCUCCAUAUCUGAAAUUCCCUAGCUACAGAUCUUCUGGUUUGGAGUAGAGCUAGAAAGAUGUCAAAACCCAUCAAGUAGUAUAUGUGGGGAUACAGCAACAACUCAUAAAGUGAAAACAUGUAAAAUCUGAAUGAUGCACACCUGUUUUUUAAUCAUUUUAAAUAAAAAUCAAUGAUACUAAAUGAAAGCCAGUAGAAAGCUUAAGACUUUAUAACUCUACAAGACCAGAUAUGGUCAUGAUGUGACUAAUUUUAUUCAUCUGCCAGAGAGUUCUGCCUCAUUUGAAAUACUUUUGUACUGUAGAAAUGAUUGCAUUUUUUGACUCUUCAUUCUUUCACAUUUUCUUUUUUUACUUUACUCUUUCACAUCUCCAUACCACCUUACACACAUCUUUUUGAACAGAUUUUUCAAAUACUCUGUAAUUCAGAUUAUUUUAUUUUUACCCAUUUAUUUUAUUUCUGCCCGUUUUUACAGGGAGCCCUGAAAGACCUUUUUUGAUUCAGAGUAUUUGCAGACAAAUGCCAUUAAAUUAAACCCUGGUGGUGGGGUUUCCCUCACACACCCAUGACUCCCUCCCCAAGAUUCAAGAUGAAAAUAUGGAAAACACAUCUCUGACAACAGUGAAAAUUAAAAAGGAACAGAAAUAUUUGAGAUUAAUAUCCUGGACCUAGAAGAUGACCUUGACUAUAUAACCAUUGUCUUCAUUGCACAAAAUAUUUAAACUCUUGUGUGCAUAUAAUACCUUCUUCUGCUCCCAUUGUUUCAAGCUCAUCUUAUCUUUGUGGUUGUAAUAUUUGUCUUUGAUACCUUUAGUCAAGAUUAUGUUCUAAUAAAGGCUACAAACUAUAAAGGUACUUCUAUCAACAAGAUUUCUCAAAAAAAAAAAUAUAUAUAUAUAUACACAAAACCAGCUUGGACAAAAUCCAGAAAAUGUUUCCUAGCAAUUUGGAGUAGUAAUUGUAUUUUCACCUUGUGAUGUUGGUCUGUGUAAGUAACCAAUGUAGUGACUCUUUGGUUCAUUAUUGGUGUUUUAUUUUUAGUCUCUGUGUUACCCACCAGCGGCAGGGGUUCCAACCCCCACCCUUUUCGUUCUUGCAUUUUUCUGUUUGUACCAUUGUCAGGUAAUAUACAAAAUGUGCAGUUAUAUUUGGAUUUCAGACAGAUAACAAUUUUUAACAUAAGUAUGUUCCAUGCAAUGUUUGGCAUACACUAAAAAAUUAUUCAUUAUUGAUCCGAAAUUCAAGUUUAACUGGACAUCCUGUUUUUUUGUUUUGUUUUGUUUUUCUAAAUAUGGCAACCCUAUCAGUUUAGUCACGGAAAAUCACCUACGGCAUGUAAAUUCUUCUAGUCUUCAGUAUCUUUCACCUGGAAUGGAAGACCCUUUUUCUCCCUCACCCUCUACUUAUUUCCCAAAGAGGGCAUCAAGGAACUUUAACCUGCCUGCAUGGUGGGUCUCUAUUUAAGACAUUUUUGUGAUUAUAUUUAACCUGUAAUUGUGCUUCGGCUAAAUGUCUAACCUACAGUACUUGUAAUUGUUUAAUAUUCAAUAAAACCAUUUUUAAAAUA